AUGUCAUCGACAACGGCCGAAACGCCAAUCGCCGGAGCUGCCGCUGCCGCUGCCGCCGAGGACGGAGGGGCCGGCGGCAGCCCGGCAUCGCCGUCACAGUCGCAGCCGCAGUCGCCGGCCUCCGUCCGAGCCGUUCCGUCCGGCGUGACGGUGGUCUUCGCGGAGCGCAAAAGGACGGGGCGCAUCGCCGGCGCCAAGUACAAAGCAGACGGCACCCCUUACAAACGCCCCGGCCCACCGCCCAAACCCAUAGAGGAGCGCGCGCGCUAUCAGGCCCGCGGGCCGCUGAAGUGCAUGGAGAGGUCGUACACGGACCAGAAGCGCAGGGAGGUCGUCAUGUUCCUGCAGAACCACAAGAUCCGCGUGACGGAUGAGAACGACAUACGCGCGCGCAAGGGCUGGAACGGCGGCCGCGAGGACCAGCAGCCACCCGAGGAGCCCGGGUACCGGUGGCCGACCCUGAAGGAGACGUCCGACUGGUUCAAGGUCCCCGAGCGGACCGUCCACAGCUGGUGGAAGCGGCGGCAGAAGAUCCUCGGGAACGCGCCGAAGAAGUUGACCAAGGCCGAGAAGAGACGGAUGGCCGAGGAGGAAGAGAGGAGGCGGAAGGAGGCGGAGGAGCGGAGGGAGCAGUUGAGUGCGAUUGGCUGGCCGACGGAGGCCUUGCCGGAGGUGAUCCCCGGGUAUGAGGGAGCCUGGCAGAGGGCGUCGGAGGAUGUGCGGAUGCAGAUUCAGGGUCUACCGCAACCCGAGGUCGGCGAGAUGAGUUCACGGGCAAGCGCGUGGAGCGUUGCAGCCGCAACGUUUUCUCAGGGUUUACCACCCGUCUCUCCAGCUCCGCGCGCUGUGCUGCCGGUUUCUCGGUCUCCCGCUCCGCGUGCGCCGCCACCAGUCUCCCAAUCACCGGCUCCUCGUGUACUGCUGCCAGCUUCCCAACCUCCCGCUCCGCGAAUGCUGCUGCCGGCUUCUCAAUCUCCCGCGCCCCGUGUGCUUCUACCAGCACCUCCGGGGACUGGAAACAUCUCGGCGGUAACAAGAACGCCAACCCCUACCACAGACGCCUCCGUGCCGUCUUCUACGACAGCAACGCCUGCAGCCAUCAGAGAGACCACAGAGGAAAGAGAACAACUCAACAUACCGGCGAGAGAGGCUAUGGCUGCUUCUGCGGGUAGUACACCAGCUGCUUGA